AUGGGCGAUAAUCAAGAGAAAAAUGGGCUGCGGCUCCAUUGGAAGUCAUUGAUGGCUUGCUCAUUGAUUACCAUGUCUCCCUUUCAGUAUGGUGUCGAUUUCACUCUCAUUGGAGGUUUCCAGGCAAUGGUUGGGUUCUUGAAGGUCUUUGGAGAGCCGGCUCCAAACACCUCUCUUGGAUGGAAUAUCCCUCACGAGCGUCAGCAACUGAUAUCUUCGUUGAUGACCCUCGGUGCAUUUGUGGGAUCGUGCUCAGCGGGCCUUUACGCUGGUCGUCUGGUUAUCGGGCUAGGCAAUGGAUUCUUGAUGACCUUUUCACAGCUGUACAUCCAAGAAUGCUCGCCGGCUCGAUACCGUGGACUCAUGCUAGGCUUGUUUCAAUUCUGGACGUCCUUCGGCUCCCUACUCGGAACGAUUAUCGACAAUUUCACAGCAAAGAUAGAUGGAAAAAACAGCUAUAUCAUUCCGCUCGGUCUGAUAUUUAUCAUACCUGCGGUUCUAUGUAUCGGAAUGCUUUUCAUUCCUGAAUCGCCCCGAUGGUUACUGCAGCACAAGAAAGAAGCGGAAGCUCGCAAGGCACUAGUAUGGCUGAGGCCCGAUCAGGAAACAGUUGAGAAGGAAAUGCAGGAGAUCAACGACGCGAUAAGGCUGGAGCUAGAUCUGGCUAGCGGUGUGUCAGUUUGGGAUAUGUUUUCGAAUCCCGUCGAUCGCCGGAGAACAUUAUUGUCCGUUGCGGCUGUGAGUACGCAGGCAGCUUCCGGCGCAAUGUUUAUGAUUGCAUACGGAACUUACUUCUUUGAAAUGGCGAAUGUUGGCAAUGCGUUCGAGAACAGCUGCAUACUAACUGCUCUGGGCGUCGUGGCCAUCAUGAUCAACAUUGCAGUCAUCACUAAAAUUGGAAGCAGAAGGCUAUUUUUGACAGUUGGUCUUAUAAUUUGUGGCUUUAGCCAGUUGAUCAUUGCCGCGUUGUACACUGUUCAUCCGGGUACUCAGGCCACUGGUAAGGCAAUUGUUGGGUUGUCCGUCAUCUUCAUUUUUGGAUACAAUGGAAUGAUCUCAACAUAUGCAUGGGUUUCUGGUGGAGAGCUCCCUUCUCAGCGCCUUCGAUCCUAUACAUUUGGCCUGGCAGCCGCCAUUGGGUUCCUCGGAGCAUGGCUAUGCACGUUCACGGCUCCAUAUUUCAUCAAUCCAGACUCGCUAAACUGGGGGCCAAAAUACGGUUACAUCUGGUUCCCGUCAUGUCUCAUCGCCGCUGCAUUUAUUUUCUUUUAUCUACCUGAAGUAAAAGGUCGCACACUGGAAGAGAUUGAUGAAAUGUUUGAACUACAACUUCCAGCUCGAAAGUUUGCUACUUACAAAUGCGUUGGCUCUGCGAAUUUGGAAAUGACCCUAAAGGAUACGGGUAUUCCAAGUGAGAAUGUCGACGCAAGACUUUCUGUAGAUUCGGAAAAGGCUACCACGGAGACAGUUGAGAAUAAGGCAUGA